AUGGAGUUACUGUCCCUUUGGCUUUCCCUGAUUUUCAUUUUACUGGUUGUAGAGUGGAGGAGCAGAACUGUAAUGGCUGGAGCAGAAUACCAAGGGGUUUGUAAACUGGUGGGCCAAGUUGUUGACUGCCAAAGAAGACAUCUGGUUUCAGUACCCAGUGACCUCCCAUCCCAUUCAGUGGAACUUGUCCUGGAUGCCAAUCCCAUCAAGACCUUGGAGCACCAUUCCCUCCUACACUAUUCCCACUUGGAGAACCUGAGUCUAAAUAAUUGUAAACUGGAGUGCAUUGACCGAAAUACGUUCCAGGGGAGCAGCUCCCUCCACACUUUAACACUGAGCAAUAAUUUUCUGUCCAUCAACUACACAGAGUCUGGAGCUGCUCUCCGAUCUCUCCCAAUCCUGAGGAAGCUGGAUCUGUCAGGCAACUUACUGACUGAGGACAUGGUAGCUGAGAUGCUUCUCAAUCUCUCUUCCCUGGAGUCCCUGUCUCUGGCAAGGAAUGUCAUCAUGAGGCUUGAUGACUCUGCCUUUCAGAGCCUGGAGAGAUUGCAGGAGUUGGAUUUGCAAAAGAACUACAUCUUUGAGAUUGAAAGUGGUACCUUCGACCGCCUAAAGUGGCUGCGGAGGCUCAAUCUGGCCUUUAAUCAUCUCCCUUGCAUUGUGAACUUUGACCUUACUCAGCUUCAGAUGCUGAACAUCAGCUAUAAUAUCCUUGAGUGGUUCAUAGCGGACAGUGGAAAUGCUGCCUUUGAGCUGGAGAUAUUGGACCUCUCCCACAAUCAGCUGCUGUUUUUUCCCUUUCUUCCUCAAGAAAACAGGCUUCACACCCUGUUGCUAAUGGACAACCAGAUGGGCUUUUACAGGGACCUCUACAAUGCCUCGUCCCCACAGGAGAUGGUGGUCCAGUUCCUCCUCAUCGAUAGCAAUGUGACCAAUGUCACCACUGUCAACCUCUGGGAGGAUUUUGCCCUGAGUGACCUCUCUACCCUUCAUUUCCUGGACCUUAGUCAGAACCAGUUCAGGUACCUGCCAGAUGGAUUCCUAAGGAACAUGACUUCCCUCUCCCACUUAAACCUUAAUCAGAACUGUCUACAGACAUUCCACAUCCAAAAGGACAGUCCCCCGAAUUCCCUUUCUGAUCUUAACCUCAGCCAAAACCAGCUCACAGAACUUUGGGUGGCUCCGAGGCUAACCGGCUUCCUAAGGAACCUCAGAUACUUUAACCUUAGUUCCAAUCAGCUCCGUGAGAUCCCUCCUGGCCUCUUCACCAACACCAGUAACAUCACUACAAUUGAUUUGAGUCACAAUCAGAUCACCCUUUGCCCUCAUUCAGAAAAGGUUAGCCAACUGGCCUGUGUUGAUUUCCGAAAUAUUACAUCUUUGAGAAGCCUCUCUCUUGAAAACUGCGGACUGGCAGCCUUAGAAGAUGGCACUUUCAGAGGGACAUCACUCACUCACUUAGACCUGUCUAGUAAUCAAGACAUCCUAUUGCGGGGCAUUACUCCUCUCCAGGACAUUACCCACACUUUACAGGUCCUGUCUCUCAGGGACAUUGGCCUUGAUUCCAGUGGCAGGGAGUUGGAUUUCUUUGGGUUUGGGAAUCUGAAAUACUUAGAUGUGUCAAUAAACUUCUUGACUAGCUUUCCCCGUCUCUGGGGCAGCCUUGAACUACAUACCCUAGAUCUUCGGAGAAACCGUCUCACAGCCCCUCCUCAGUGGGCCAGCUCUGAGCAACUCAAAAAGAGCCUUCGUGUUCUCUACCUCAGCCAGAAUCCAUAUGAUUGCUGCUGGCCGGAGAGCUGGGAACCCCUCUACAACUUGAAGACCCUGCACAUUGUAGACUGGAGAAAUGUCACCUGUAACUUUUCUUCCAAGACAUUUCAUGUGGUAGAACUGUCGGAGGACCUAUACCAGGACUGCAAGUUGAGAAGAGUAGACCUAGGUCUGCUCUACUUGGUACUCAUUCUCCCUACCUGCCUCACUCUACUUGUUGCCUGUGUUGUGAUCUUCCUGACCUUUAAGAAGCCCCUGCUGCAAGUUGUAAAGAGCCGUUGCCAUUGGUCCUCCAUUUACUGACUCCAAGGAGAGUGUAAUCUGUACUUGUGAAAACCCUUCCUAAACUAAAAAGGUGAAUCAAAUCAGUGAGUUGGCCUAGAUGUCCUCCUAGGUCCCUUCCAGUCCCAAAUUUAUUAUCUUAUGAUGAGUGUAAUCAUAUCUGGUGAACUAAGGUUUGGAUGAAGAUGAAAACUGUGUUCAUUCCUUUGUCCCUCUAAGUAGCAUGGUACAGUGGAUAGGACAAUGAACUUGGAGCACAGAAGGUCUGCCUUUAGCACUUACUAGCUCUGUGACCAGGAACUGAGCCAGUUUCCUUUUCUGCAAAACGCAGAUCAUCGUGCCAAUUAUAUCUACCUCACAGGGUUAUUGUGAGGAGGAAACAAAAUAAUGUUUGUACAAUGCUUUGUAAACCCUAAAACCCCAUGUAAAUUCUGGAUACUAUCAUUAUUAUUUUUAUUAUUAUGGAUAUG